AUGUCGUUGAUCAUUCCUGAGAAGUUCCAACACAUUCAUCGUGUUAUGAACACGAACAUCGAUGGCAACCGCAAAGUUCCAUACGCCCUCACUGCCAUCAAGGUUUUUUUUUAUCGAUUUUUUUUCUGAAUAUUAUUAUGGUUUUUUAGUCUUUAAAAAAGACGAAAUUGUUUCUAAAUUUAAGAAAAAUUGCUUCAAAAACGAAAAUUAGUAGUUUUUGGAGCAACUUUGGUGACCAAAUUUUUGCAUUUUUGUAACAUGUUCCGUAUCUUCGAUGAACAAGCCAUUGACGAAUGAUCACAAUGCAGUUUCUUUGCUUGAUGUUACAUUUUAAACUGCGAAUUUUUCUCUUCUUCUGCUCGAUUCUUCGUGUCAUGUUUAGUGGUUACCAGGCCUCGACGAAAUGGAAUCAUUACUUGCCAGAGGACAUUUUCAUGUAUCUCGACGCUUUUUUUUUAAUUAUUUGAACGCCCUAGUGAAAUUUAUAUUUCAACAUGAACAGAAAAAGUAAAAUGAAGGUGAAAGUAUAUAUACUUUAUCAUUUACGCUAUUUCUUUUGUUAUUUUCAGGGUGUCGGACGGCGUUUCGCCUUCGUCUGCUGCCGGAAGGCUGAUGUUGACAUCAACAAGCGAGCUGGAGAGUUGAGCGAAGAUGACUUUGAGAAGAUCGUCACCAUCAUGCAAAAUCCCUCGCAGUACAAGAUCCCGAACUGGUUCCUUAACAGACAAAAGGACAUCAAGGACGGAAAGAACUCCCAGGUUUUUUUUGUUUAAUAAUCGACUUUCUUUCUUUUUUAUAUGCCGUGUUCAAAGUAGUUUCCGCGAAAUACAAAAUUAUCUCUGACUCUUCUAAUUUCAGUCAUCUCUUUCUUUCCGCUCAUUUUCCGUUUCGUGGAAUCAUUUUGAACACGGCAAUAGAAAUAAUUUUUCGUGUUCCAGUUUAAAACAUUUUCACUCGCCUCAAAUGCAGAAAUUCCUAAAUAUACUUUUCUUUCUGAAAAAGUUUUGUAGACUAAUAUAAAUGAAACUUUCCUUUUUUUCUGAAAUUUUUUUAUAUACCGAGUUGUUAGUUUAAUGAGUGUUCAAAGUAAUUUUUGCAAAUUCCAAAAUUAUCUCUGGUUCUUCAAUAUGUAUUUAUCUUCUCUCUCUCUGACGGCUAAUAUGAAUUUUGCUUUAAGAAAAAUUGAAGAACUCAAUCUUGUGAAAAUUCUGUUUAUGCUCAAAAUUACUGUCAUGCCGCGUUCAAAGCAUAUUUGACGCGCGCAGUGAAAAAGUUUUUCUUGUUCAAAAGCACGAGCCGAAACGCGGCGAAAAGCAGCAGAUUCUCCUGGCGUGAUUGGUUGGCUCCCCCUUUUUGGCAAAUUUCCAAUAUAAAUUUAUUUUUCAAAAUGUUUUUUUCUUGCCAGUUGAACGGAGCCAACCAAUCACGUUGAGGGAAUCUGCUGCGUUUCGGCUUGUGCUUUUGAACCGAAAAAAAUUGUUCGCUGCGCGCGUCAAAUUUGCUUUGAACGCGGCAUCAAAGAGUAAAAAUAUCAGUUAAUUCAGAGAGUGGAAAAUAGUUUUUAGCUUGCAGAUCCUAUGCCGUUUUUAAAGUAUUUUCGAGUAAUGCAAAAUGGUUUGUUACUCUCCAAAUUUAGUUAUAUUUUAUCUCUAACGGUUAUUUUGCAUUUCGGGGAUUUACUUUGAACACAGCAUUAUUCUGAAAAGAAGAAAAUGUGAAUCUAAACUUCUCACUUUUUCAAAAACUGAAAAUAUUUUCACUGAAAAUCACCUCCAAAAAAAACUCGGAAAAUCCAGUUUUUGUUGGAUAUUGGUAACUUCACUUCUUAACAUUAGAAGUUUCUUUUGGACAAGUCCCUAAAGGCGAUCGACCUAAUUUGAUUUUUUUAUAUCAUUUUUUCAAAAGAAUUUUUUUGGUUUUUGGAUAUCUGAGUUCACAUUUGUUCUUUGAUUCGUCUAUCCAUCCAUCAUGUGAUAUUAGAUUAAAGUCUUGAUUUUUUUCGGGUAAAAAAACCAAAAAAACAUGGAGUUUCGUCAUGGCGCCUCUUUUUAAAUUUCUGUAUGCUAAAUAUUUAAUCACACUAGCACAUUUUCAGCUCCUCUCGACCGCUGUCGAUAACAAGCUCCGUGAAGAUCUCGAGAGAAUGAAGAAAAUCCGCCUCCACCGUGGCCUUCGUCAUUACUGGGGACUUCGAGUACGCGGCCAGCACACCAAGACCACCGGACGCAAGGGACGUACUGUCGGAGUGUCCAAGAAGAAGGGAGGAUAA